UUUUACAGUGUCAUUUCUUGAAUCCAGGGACUUAUAAUAUUCACUUCAACAACUUCCUACUCCCUUGUGUUUCACACUAGUCUUCUACAGUUCUAACCCAUUGCUUUCCCACUCAUUUACUUCCCCUUAUUGCAGUCAAAGAUUCUUCCUAAUUUAGUGACUACAUGUCCACAGAAUUUUCCCUUUGUUCCAAUCUGAAAGCAAUGACAUCCUACACACUUUCUUCUCCUAACACCAGUCUAAGAUGGACAACUGAGAAGAACAAACUGUUUGAGAAUGCCUUGGCAAUAUAUGACAAGGAUACCCCUGAGCGUUGGAACAACAUAGCCAUGUUUGUUGGAGGCACAACUGAAGUUGAAGUCAAGAGACAAUAUGAGAUACUCCUAGAGGACAUCAAAAACAUUGAAUCGGGCAAGGUUCCACUCCCUGAUUACACGAGAAAUGCUGGAUGUGGCAAACUAAACAUCAGCAGUGCAGAACAAAGGCUGAGGGAUUUAAAACUCAGAUGAAGAAUGAGCUUCAAAGUGAAGAAGAACACCAUUUUUAGAGAACUCGUUUUAGGAUUGACCAUCAGUUUUUUUUUUCAUUGCAAAUGCUAGUUUGUUAGUUUUGUUAGAAAUGUAAGCAUUGACCAUCAAUAACUUUGUUUUUCUCAGAAUUCUAUGUAAUAAAUUUCUUCGAUGCUUACGAUUCACCAUGA